AUGGCACCCCCGCGCUCCGUGGCAGAUGCCACCCGCUUCACCGCGACCGGACCCCACGCCUUCACCCGCGCACCCCCCACCAGCGGCAGCAGCGGCGGGGGGGGCGAGACGCCGCAGCAGCGCGUGGCCCGCCUCCGCGAGGCCGCAAACAGGGCAAGGAUGGACCAGGUCGGCAUGUUUGACCGCAUUGUGGACCGCGGCCGCGUCUGGGCCGACAGGGCCCACAAGGUUGUUGCCAUUGGGCUGAUUGGCGCUACAGGUGGGUUGGAAAUUUUCUUUCUUUCUUUCUUUGCUAGAUGUGGAUGUGAUGUGGAUGGGGCGAGAGAAGAUGCUAAUUGGAUUGGCGUGGUGGUGGUGGUGGUGGUGGUAGUGCUCUGCGGUGGUAUCACGAUCUAUGCGUUUACAGACAUGGUGAUGUUUGCACGGAGGAAGAAGCGGGCAUACGCCGAAGAGCAACGCCACCUCCACGCAACCCAAAAAGAGUCACAAAUCCUCGCCGCCGUCGCCGCAGGCACCGACGAAGCCACCGCCCGCCACGAAGCCGACCUCGCCCACGAGAUCCGCAAGGGCAAGCCCGUCACCACGCGGCUGAAGGAGUGGGCGCUGAGCGGGCUCACGCCGCCAGAGAAGGAGGCGGUCGCUGUUGAUGGCCGCCAGAUUGCCGCUGCCGCUGCCACUGCUGCUGCCGGCGGGGUGACGGCUGUUGGUGGUGGUGGUGAUGGUGGUGGUGGUGGUGUGCCGAGGGAGGAGAUCCUGGAUAGGCCUGGUGCUGAUGAUCUGGUGAAGGGGGGGAAGGCGCAGGGGGGAGCACGGGUAUGUUGA